ACUCGACACUAAUCAAUCUUCCACGUAACUAAUACCUCUCCUCACCCGCAAUCAACAAACUCGUUACUAACUAACGAUUUAAAAUCUCAAUUUUCAAUCGAAUUAGCAAAAGACGAUGGAGAUUGAAUCAAGCUCAAAUCAUUUCAAGCUACACAGUGAAUUGGAGCUGCACGAAUUUCAAGACAAGCUUGUGAUCAGAGCCGUUGAUUCGCCGGAUCAAGGCUUCGCAAUCUCUCGUGUAGAUGGCAAUAUAGAUGAGCUUCGCAGUGAUACUUGUACAGGAAAUCCCUCCAAGAUCUCUACUAUAUAUGGUGUUGCUGGAACAAUUAGGUUGCUUGCAGGAACUUACAUACUUGCAGUAACUUCUCGAAGGGAAGUGGGAACUUAUCUUGGUUUCCCUAUUUACCAGGUGAUGUCGAUGAAGUUCUUAUCAUGCGGCCAGGGUUCAAGACCUUUAAAUUCGGAAGAAAAAAGAGAUGAAGCUUACUACUUGAACCUGUUGAAAAUGGUGGAAUCAACACCUGGAUUGUAUUAUUCAUAUGAAACAGAUAUCACAGUGAACUUACAGCGAAGAUUCAAGCUGGCCGACGGAUGGAUGCGUAAGCCAAUUUGGAAGCAGGCUGACCCACAAUAUGUUUGGAACAAGUACAUUAUAGAGGAGCUUAUUGAAAAUAAGCUUGAUGGGUUCAUCAUGCCUCUACUGCAAGGGAGCUUUCAGACUGGUAAGCUGAAGCUGAAACGUGUACCUGCAACAAUUACAUUGAUUUCAAGGAGGUCUACCCGCCGUUUAGGUACAAGAAUGUGGAGAAGAGGUGCUAAUCUACAAGGAGAUGCUGCCAACUUUAUUGAAACUGAGCAGUUAAUGGAAUUUGAUGGUUUCAUUUCUUCAUUCUUGCAGGUCCGUGGUUCAAUUCCACUUAUAUGGGAGCAAAUUGUUGACCUGAGUUAUAAACCAAGACUUAACAUCAUUCACCAUGAGGAAACAGCAAAGGUAGUAGAACGCCAUUUUCAUGACCUUCUACAACGAUAUGGAGAGACUGUUGCAGUCGACCUCACAGACAAGCACGGUGACGAGGGCGAACUAAGUAUGGCUUUUGCUGCUGAGAUGGAGAAGCUUCCAGAUGUGAGAUAUGUUUCAUUUGACUUUCAUCAAAAAUGUGGCAACGGAAACUUCGACAAUAUACAACUUCUGUAUGAUGAAAUUUCUGAAGACUUUGAAGAACAAGGAUACUUUCUCUUAGGACCAAAGGGAGAGAUAUUAGCAGAGCAGGAAGGAGUUAUUAGAUCUAACUGCAUUGAUUGUCUUGAUCGAACAAAUGUGACGCAGAGCUUUCUGGCUAGGAAAUCAUUAAACACACAACUUCAAAGGGUUGGUGCAUUUUCUUCCAUCGACUGCAUUUCUAUGUUUGAAGAAGAUUUCGAAACUUUUAAGACCUUGUGGGUUGAGCAAGGAGAUGAGAUAAGUCUUGAAUAUGCUGGUUCGCAUGCGCUUAAACGGGACCUUGUCAGAUUUGGAAAGCAGACGAUGGCAGGACGAAUAAAAGAUGGAUUGAGUGCACUUUCAAGAUAUUAUUAUAAUAACUUUCAAGAUGGUUUGCGGCAGGAUGCAAUAGAUCUUAUAAGUGGUCAUUAUACUGUCAAAUACGGCCCUCCUCCAUUUGUGCCGAACAGAAAUGAAGCACUUAGUUAUCUUCCAGUUGCAUCGGCAUUGUUAAUUGGAGGAUUAACAGUGACGUCCAUCACACUUAAUCGCGCUGGACAGAAUGCUCAGAGCUUCAUUUCCUCAUUAGUCUGUGCUAGUGCAACAGCCGGAGUUAUGGCACUGGUAAAAUCAAAUGGAAGGCAAAUUUGUUCUAAGCCUCGUUUAUGUGGCCUUUUAUAACCUUGGCUCCGUAAAAUUUUACUCAUUUUUCUGUAAUUGUUUUCUUUUUUCUGUAAAAAUGAAAUAAGCCCCCGUCCCCCUCCCCAAUCAAAAGAAAAAGAAAAGAUGAAUGAAAGAAAGAAACUGUGCUAAACUUUAUUUAUUGGUCACCUUGUAUUUUAUUGAAAAUAUAUUACUACAUACAAUGAAGAUAUAUCAGAUGGUCCCCCAAAAUCUGAAAGUAAUAGAGUUUUGUAAGAGAGACUUAUAUCCUGUUUAGGUAAAGGUCAAAGUUAUUGUGGUAGCAAAUAUCUGCUUGUGUAAAACUGUUGCAAACUUUUCAGAAUCUGCUAACAGUCCAUAUGGCAGCUUCUAAAAUUGUUUACUAUAUUUCUUUUAUGUGUAUUGGAAAACAUUCGUUUUUAAUAUAA